UUUCAUACUGGCAAUUUAGAACGAAUUGUCAUUUGUCAUUGGUUUUUUGCAGUUGGCAACUUUGUAUUCUUCCAGAAUCAAAAAAGUGUGACGGGCGAUUAUUUUAUGAUUUUUGUGUUGAAUUUCCAUUAAAAAUGUCGACAGUUGCAACAGCUUUGUCCGUCGCAGGGACCAGAACAUCAGGGGCGUCAGUCAGAACUCAAAAUGUGAUGGCAGCAGCAGCUAUAGCCAACAUAGUGAAGAGUUCACUGGGCCCUGUGGGCCUGGAUAAAAUGUUGGUAGAUGACAUUGGAGAUGUGACUGUCACUAAUGAUGGAGCUACUAUUCUCAAGAUGUUAGAAGUGGAACACCCUGCUGCCAAAGUACUGGUAGAGCUGGCACAGCUACAGGACGAAGAAGUUGGAGAUGGUACCACAUCAGUUGUAAUCAUUGCUGCAGAACUACUGAAGAGUGCUGAUGAGCUAGUGAAGAACAAGAUUCACCCCACAAGCAUUAUCUCUGGUUACCGACUGGCAUGCAAGGAGGCCGUCAAAUACGUGCAGGACAACCUUACAGUCACUGUGGAGUCUCUCGGAAGGGCCUCUAUUGUGAAUGCUGCUAAGACCACGAUGUCCUCAAAACUUAUUGGAGCUGAUGCAGAUUUCUUCUCUGAAAUGGUAGUGGAUGCCGCACAAGCUAUUAAAGUUACAGAUUACAAAGGUAACCCGUCGUACCCAAUCAAGGCCAUCAACAUCUUGAAAGCCCAUGGACGCAGCGCCCGGGAGAGUGUCCUUGUAAAAGGAUACGCCCUCAACUGCACCGUCGCCUCCCAAGCCAUGCCCAAGAAGAUUGUAAAUGCAAAAAUUGCAUGCCUCGACUUCUCUCUGCAGAAGACUAAGAUGAAGCUUGGAGUUCAGGUCCUGGUUACUGACCCCGAGAAGCUAGAAGCCAUCCGCGCUCGUGAGCUGGACAUCACCAAAGAACGUUUGCAGAAGAUUCUUGCGACUGGCGUUAACGUGAUAUUGUGCUCAGGCGGUAUUGAUGAUCUGUGCCUUAAAUACUUCGUUGAGCAUGGUGCCAUGGGAGUGAGAAGGUGCAAGAAAGCUGAUCUCAAACGGAUCGCAAAGGCGACUGGAGCUGCCUUCCUGACUUCUCUCACAAACAUGGAGGGUGAAGAAGUAUUUGAGCCCAGCAUGAUUGGAGAAGCUGCUGAAGUUGUACAGGAGCAAAUCUGUGAUGACCAACUUAUUCUUAUUAAGGGCCCAGCUGCUCGCACUGCUGCUUCAAUUAUCCUCCGAGGACCUACUGACGCCUACUGUGACGAGAUGGAGCGCUCCGCCCACGACGCGCUGUGCGCAGUGCGCCGCGUGCUGGAGUCAGGUCGUCUUGUACCCGGCGGCGGCGCCGUCGAGGCUGCGCUUUCCAUCUACUUAGAGAACUUCGCCACUACACUGAGCUCUCGCGAGCAGUUAGCGAUUGCCGCAUUCGCGCAGUCACUGCUUGUCAUCCCGAAGACGCUAGCCGUUAAUGCCGCGCGAGAUGCUACCGACCUUGUCGCUAAGCUGCGCGCCUAUCACAACUCAUCACAAACUAAGGUCGAACAUGCCAACCUCAAGUGGGUAGGACUGGACCUGACAGAAGGUGUGUUACGUGAUAACUUAGCUGCAGGAGUCCUGGAGCCAGCCAUUUCCAAGGUGAAAUCUCUCAAGUUCGCUACAGAAGCUGCAAUCACAAUCCUCCGUAUCGACGACAUGAUCAAAUUGGAUCCCGAACAAAAGGGCAAGAGCUACGAAGAUGCAUGCCACGCCGGAGAACUAUAAUAAAUAAGUCACUAAGCAACACUUGCAACUAACGUAACAUUUAUGUAAUUUAAUUCUCAUAUUGUGAUGUUAUGUUAGGAGUAAGCUCCACGGCGAUCUCAGUACUGCACUUGACUGAAUAUAUAUUACAUCAUGAAGGGCCUGUCUGUCUACGUGCGUACAUCUUUUGCCACUAAAUUCCUGUCUUGUGUAUAGUUAGCACUGCCUAGAAUGAAUUGUUCCUAGUGGAGCCACUGUGGUGCUAAUGGUAUUUUUCGAAUUUGCAAUUAUCAUCCCAAAAAAUACAUAUUUUUACUAUAUUACGAAUAGUUCAAAUGUGCUGAGAUCAAUCUUUGACAUAAUAUAAUAGAAAGCUUGAGAUGCAUGUAUGUCGAUGUACUAUUGAGAGGUGCAUUGAAGUGUGUUAUAACUAACAUGUCACAGAACAAUGUCUCAUAAGCCUUUAUUAAAUUGUACUUGGUAUGUUAUGAAACAAUAUAAUUUUAAUUUCUUAUGCAUCUUCUUACAUCAAGAGGGCUGUUGAGAUCUAGUACAGCUAUAUUAACUCUUCAGAGCCUUUGGUUAACACAUUCAGUGAAAAACUAACCGAAGUUUGGUUAUUCAAGUAUUACUUUAUAGCAAUCAUUAGAUUGUAUAUGGUCAGUUUAUGUUAUGUCGUGUGUAUCUGCAGGGUUAAACACCGUCACAACAUUUUGCGUCAAUGGAAGAUUAAUUUAAUUUAAGGAACCGUCUUUGCUUUUAACAAUAAAUACUAGUUUAUUUGCUAGGGCGUCUUGGGCGUCACACUGAUAAUAAAAUUUUAAUACUAUUAUUUCGUAUUAUUUUUUGUUGAACUCCCCGUUGAUAAUAACAAUGACUACCUGUGCGC